CAGGCUCUAUAGCACCUUGGCCACUAGAGAAGUGUGGUUUACAAAUUGGUAUUUUGGAGACCGUGCAAACCUCAUGGCAGGCAAACGAGCCAAGUUGUCUCCGGAGCCUUUAAAACCGGCUGAAUCCAAAGCAUCCACGCCGGUGAAGGGAUUGCCAUACAGCGGAAAUGGCAAUCCAAGAGCGCGUGAGUCUCAAAAGCAGCGGAAUGUGGCCGAAGCAGAGAGAUUUGACAAACAUAUCGUAACGCCAUCGGCUACCGUCAGGAGUACCAACAAAGCUGAAUCUUCAGGGACAAAUACCCCAACACCGACCAGCUUUAGAGACGCAAAACGUUCCUUGUUUCCUCAGGACUCGCCUUUGAUACCUGCUGUUCCAGUCACACCAUCUCGUCGUUCACCAUGCCGCAAGCAAUCUGCUGCCAAGAAGAAACUCAUGUUUGGGCGUCUCGUCACCGAAAUCACGGUUGCCGAAAACGUGAAACAAGUCUAUGGCAUUAUCCGAAAGCUGACGGGCUCAAUUGGAGGGAAUGGAUCUCAUGGACCUAUCUAUGGGGAAUUGACAAUGGGAUCAAUGCAGAAGAUGAUUAACUUGAUGAAGGAAUACACAAAUUUCUCGUCGUCUAGUCGCUUCAUUGACGUCGGGAGCGGAAUUGGAAAACCAAAUUUGCAUGUGGCUCAAGACCCGGGAGUCGAUUUCAGUUACGGUAUCGAGGUAGAACAUGACCGGUGGCUACUGGGAUACAGUUGCCUUAAAGCAGUAUUUGAGGCGGCGGCUAAUCAGGCGCCAGGAUUGACUGAUGACGAACAGAUUCACGGCAAGUGUAUCUUCGAACAUGCCGAUAUUCGCUUAGCUCGUUCGUUUGAUCCUUUUACGCAUGUUUACAUGUUUAGUAUUGGAUUUCCACCAUCUCUUUGGGUUGAGUUGUCCGAAAUGUGGAAUCGCAGCUCCUCCUCCUUUUUAAUUUGCUACCACGGCCCGAGAGACAUUGUACAAAACUACGAUUUUGACGUGGAGCUCAUUGUACAAACGCCUACGUCAAUGCAUGGAUCCAAAGAAGGCCACAUGGGGUAUAUCUAUCAUCGCAAGAAUAGUACCAGUAGUGGGAAGGAGCCCCUUUGCGAUCGCCUUUUUUCCAAUGCGUGGGCAAGUGUGAAGAGGGGAUCCGAAUCUUUACAACGUGAAGUGAAUGCUACACUGGAACGGAAAAUGAGGCCCAAGGUCUCCACCCGAUCUCGGCGUGAAUCGGACGGAUCACGGGUAGUUGGAUCAGAAUAGCAGCGAGUGGAAUACAGAAAAAGUAAAUCAUACGUGAAAUAAAACUGAUAUAGGAGUGAAGUU